UUCUAGUGUCAAGCGCAAUCGACAUCCGAUUGGCUGUCUGCUGGAGAAUACCUAAAGUCCCUAAGCAUCUCCGGACAAUGAAAUGACGGCGACAAAUUGGUUGGCGGGAAAUUCCAAUAUAACCGCGAAACGUGUGCCGAGGUGAACAAAGUGAAGCGUCUUUUUCGAAACGGUCCGAGUCGAAUAUGUAAACAAAGAAACUCCCCGUGCACGUUGGCAACACUACAAAUGUUUAUUGCUGUCGAGACGCAGUAGCUUGGUGUCGUCAAAGUGUCGCUUUCGCAUCACGACGGACGGGUCUCCCAAUGAAGUGUCUUGGAAAAUUACGCGACACCAGAAGGCAACCAUGGAAGCACUAUUGCCAUCCGAAAUAGCUCGACUGGUGCUCGGUUAUUUGGAGGACCAGCAGUGUACAGAAGCAGCCAAGCAGUUUUUGGAAUCAUCUCCGCACUUACAAGAAUGUCGGACAGUGGUUGCUCAUGGAAAGAGGUUCAGUACCAAAGUUAACGGUUUAACGCUGAUGGAUAUCAUUGAGAAGUUCUCUGCCAUCAGCACUAUGAUUCAGGAACGGUUAAACAAAGCGACAGAUUGCGAGCAGUUGAAGCAUUGUGGGGAUCUAAUAGAGCAGCUGAAAUUCCUCGUGGAAGAGCCGCGUGGCCAGCGAUUUGUCGUAAACAUUAAUGUACCUUCUCAGAGUAACACGCAAGCAUCGAACGGCUCGCCUAUUAUCGCAAAUAGCAUGCGUAGAAGGCGUCAUAGUAACAGCGAGCGGAACAAACGCACCGCCAAACCCCAAUCGAAUGCGGCGCAACCGAAUGGGGACAUCGUAACGACCUCACCGAUUCCUCACAAUGUCGACACAACCCCGUUAGAGAGUCUGCCCGGGAAUGUCAGCUCGUUCAGGCAGACGGAAUCUGUGAACGAUAGGAUUGAGAGAAGCGACGACAACGUUGCGCAAGGAUCGCCCAGUCAAUAUGACUUCGAGAAAAACGACGGGAUGUGGAGUACACGACAAUUCGAAGCUAAUAUCGAUGGUAAAAGGAGGGAGGAUAUCAGCAUCACGACGAGCACACCGUCACUCAAACGAUGCACAGCCGCGACAAAUACGGAGGAGCUGUUGAGAUUCUCCAGUACGGAGGUGCAGACCAAUCCUUACGAGAUACCGGAAUCGGAAUCUGAAUCGAACGACGAGCCCAUCGAGAAUCUCAGCAUAUUAACGAAAGAAAUCUUGAAUCGUACAGAGUUACAAGAAUGUAUUGCCGAAAAUAUCAAUAGAGCAAUCAUUCCUACGGACGUAUCUCUGAGGGAUGAGAGUUUCCACGAGUCGGUCAGCGGCGAAGGGAACACUUCUAUUAUGGCCGAGUUGAAUAAUGCUAUUAAGUCGAUUGUUGAAGCGACGGAGACCGAUCCCGUGUUCGAGAAGUUUCUCGAUGAGAUCAUCGGGCCACAUACAGAGACCGAUACCAGUCCCGAAGAGGAUGGUGAAGGAAAGCACAGUCCGAAGUUCCUCAACGAAGCGGCGGAGAAACACGCGGAAGCCGCCUUUGGCAGCAUCAGCUCGCCGGAGCCAACGAUAGUAGACACCACGAGAGCAUCCGCGGAGAACAGUGCGGCGGAAGUGCCGCUGAAGCACAGACUACGCAGCUCUUCCAGGCAGCAAAAUGUCAGAACCGAGGACGAGGCGGAGAAAGCGAAAGAUCAGGAUAAGGAACAGAAUACUCUGGAGGAUCAGAAUGCGGCUGCGGUAUUAAGUAUCGUAAAUGUCAAUAUCACGAAUAACACGUCCAAUGAGAAGAAAACUCUCGACGACGCGAAAGAACCGACGGUCGCCGCAGGUGAAGUUACGGAGAGCAAGGUCGUUCAUACUGCAUUGACGGCCGCCGUCGCGAUGAGCAAAGAGGACGCGACGACGAAGCCCUUGACAUCGACGAACAUUCAAAGGGCGAGCAACGUCGCGCCGUCCGCGGGCGGCAAUGCGGAGCCGAAAAUCAGGAAGUCGACGGUGAAACGGCCGAGGCCGACGAGACCGAAGCGCGAUCAGGCGGCCAACGACGAUCAGGUCGUGGCGAAGCAGGAUGUGACAAACGUCACGCCUACGUUGGUCGUGUGCUCGAAGGAAGAGAUAAGUAACCUGCUGAGCGUGAAUCACUCGUCGACCAUCAGGUCGACCUCCGCAUCCCGCUUCAUCCCGAUCGCGCCGAAAGACCCGAACAGGAUCGCCGCUCCCGUGGAAACCAUGUACCUGAGAACGGUGAACCUGGCGCAGAAACUGCCGAUCGUUGCGGUGGGGGAGCCGGCUGAUCCGGUCGCGAGUCAAGCCCCGUCUUCCCAGAGGAGGACCAGCAAGGUGAGCAAGACGGUGAAAACCGUGAACAAGGUGGACGCAACGCUGACGCCCGUGAUCAUCGAGCAACGGCCGGCGGCUCAGGAAGCCGCGCAGACGAUCGGUAAGCACGCGGCCGGCGAGUCUCAGGUGAUCACCCUCUACGGCAACAACGAGAGCAGCGCGAAAACGUCCUUGGACAGCGCCAAUAUGCCGACGAUCAGUCUGGAGGAGAACAUCAGUCUGUCGGAGAGCGGCCUCUCGCCGUACCUGAAGUUCAACUGCAGCAAGACCGGCCAGAGCCACAAUCUCUCGGACAUCGACCUCACGUCCAUGAUAGAGAGUGCCAAGUGCACCAUCGUCACCACCGCCACCACGACGACGACAACGACGACGACGACGACGACGAUCGACGGCACCGGCGCAGCGGAGCCGACGGUCCCCACAGACAUCAUCGUCAAGCGCACUCCCAAAUCCCUGUUGAAGAGCCGCUCCAAGAACCGCAAACUGAGCCUGUCGACGCCGCGCAAACGAAACAGCCACAUAAGAGCACUCGACUUCAGCACCCCGCCGAAGGUGAUCAGCUCCGCCAGGAAGGCGAGCGAGACGACGGCUCAGUUCUCGGCCGCGGCGACGAAGCGCCUCAAGUCCGUCUGCAGGACGUCGUUGUUCAAGUCACCGCCGUUCUCCGGCUCCCCGGCUACCACCGCUCAGCAGCAGAGCCCGGUGAAGGUUUGCCAGUCUUACAAGAUCCCGAUAGCCACCAGGAGCCCGGCGCCCAAGCUGAUGGGCGGCUGGGACAAGUUCAACGGGGUCGGCGUGAUUAUCGGCGACGUGUCCUCGCACGGCAGCACCAGCGCGUCCUCCUCCUCCGAGGACAGGGUUCAGCAGAAAACGUCGAGGACGCCGACGGAAAGUUGGGACGCCGACCUACGGAAGGGCCUGCAGUCGAGCAAGAAAGACGAGGCCGAGGUGAAGAGACCCACGAAGAGGAGGCACUCCAACAAGGAGGAGAAUAACGCGACGCACAAGCGGAGCAAGCACAAUCAGCAGUCGACGACGAAGAGCAGGGACAAGAGGAGGAGCUGCGAGACGACUCAGGAGACGGAAGACGCCAAGGAGUCGCGUGAGCAUCUCCAGGAAGGUGCGAAGACCGCGUGCACGGAGAAGAAUCCCGGCGUCGUGAACGAGCUGUCUACGAGCAGGUCUGAUAAGGUUUCUUCGAGGCCAGUCGAUGUCCCCGUCGAGGCGUCCGCGAAGACGGACGGUAACCAGGCAGCGGUAGCCGAGAAGAAGCCCGUGAAGAAGUACGUGCAGCUGAAAACGAUCAGGACCAACCUGAAGAAGCCUGACAACGUCGAGGGCGGCAAGAGGAAGAACGCGGAGGACGCGGGCCAGACGACGACGAGCAGCAGCUCGCAGAUGUCCGAGCUGUCGAGGAUUCUGUCCGCCAGCAGCGCGCAGCGCAUGCUCCGGGUGCCGGACACGAUCGACGUGGAGACCCCGAGGAAGUUCAACAACGACGGCACGUCCGUACCGCCGCCUACGCCGAGGAUGCUCAGCCCCGGCAACAACGCCGUGACGCCGUUCAUCAAGCUCAGCGACGACUCCGGCAGACUGCGCGGCAGCUUCAUCAGCACGCCCGAGUUCCCGAUCACCCCGUGCAUAGCGUUGACGCCGAAGCACACGGAGGAGACGACCAGGGACGUCGUGAAGAAGAACGAGUACAGCUCGCCGUAUUACAAGCCCACCUGCGAGCAGACGGCGGCCGAGGGCGGCGGUAUGUCCAAGUUCAAGAGCGUCCCCGCCGUCAGCCUGGAGUCGCCGGUGGUCUCGUCGUCCCACAUCAAACUGCACUCGACGCACAGCAGCCUCGCCUCCAGCGGGGCGUCUUACCAGACCUCCAGCUGCACGACCACCACCAAGCUGGAGAUCACGCAGUUCGAGGUGAUCAAGGAGAACCUGCCGAAGGAGGAGGCGAUCAAGGAGUUGAAGAUCGCGUCGAACAGCACCAAGGACUCGGAGCUCGGCGCCUCCUCCGCCUCCGUCGUCGCGGUGGAGGAGCGCCAGGUGGGUCGGAUCGACGGGCUUCCGGAUGCGAGCGACGAACACCGCCAGCGUGAAGCCGCCACGGUCGAGGUGGACGGCAACUACGAGAGCGCCAGCUCGUCGACGUCCGACAUCUCGUCCUCGUCCGACUCCUCGUCGUCGUCGUCCACCUCCACCACGGGCUCCUCGUCGUCCUCGUCGUCGUGCUCUUCGGCCGGCAAGAACAGCCUCUCGCCGACGAAGACCGCGCACGCGUCGGCGGCCACGCACGGCGCCGACGACGAUAGCAACCACCCGGACGUCGAGCCCGCGAUCGAGGAGGAGUCCUCGCCGAAGAAGGUGUUCGCUAUCGAGAAGACCAACGAGCAGCUGCAGGCCGCGCCGCUGGAGACGCCCGCGAAGGACGAAGCCCUGUUGAACGAGGCGGACAUCUCGGAGACCCCGAGCAGCUCGAAGAGCGGCGUCGAGAACCUGACGAACCUCUCGACGAAGAUCUCGGCGAUCAUCACGGAGGACGAGAAGCAGUCGAAGGAGACCAAGACGGCGAACCGUGGCCGCUCGAAGCCGAAGGUGACGAGCGUGCGUUGCAUCCGGCCGGACUCGUCGCGUGCCGUCGUCGCGGAGCUCGUCGGCCCGGCCGAGCCGCACGCCUCCACCACGUCCGCGUACAACAAGCUGAUCGCCCAGCUGGAGGAGAAGCGGCAGCGCAUGAUCGCCAAGUUCCGGGACACGCCCAAGUCGAACCUCGGCGGCGGCGCGACGCGCAAGCACAUGCUGAUGAGCAAGGCCUCCAACGACGCUCGCAGCAAAGGCGCCCAGUUCGCCAAGCUGAGCAUGCGGCAGACCGCGAGACGUCCUCGCGGCAACCCCGACAACAAGCCGGCGACGAUGCUUCCUGCUCGGAGCGUGCCUCGAGAAAGUAACCCGGCGAAGAACACGCGGAAGAGAUGCGAGUUGCAGAAACGGAGCUCCACGAGCGACGAGGAGAAGGGGAAGGGCGCGUCGAGGAGCGUGGAUUCCUCGACGACGAACGGUCAGGUGAACAGACCGCCCAACGACCCGGCAACGAAGCAGCAGGUGCUCGCGAGCGACGUCGGCAACGCGAGGACUAACUUGCUCGAGGAUUGUACCGGCAAGGAGACGGGAUCCGCGCGAUCGCACGCCGCGGAGCCUUCGUCGGAGGAGCGGUUGGUCGCCGAGGAGAACGCAGAGAGGAGCUGCACCGGUAACGUCGACCGAGAAGAGGCCGGGAAGGCGUCCGGAGACGGCGACGUCUCGGAGAGGGAGGCGAAGUCCGCCGAGAGGCACGUGGUUGGGCAGGAAAGCUUAGUCUUGGGAGACAAGCCGCCGGAGUCGCGGAGCGAUCAGGUUCCGGAGGACCGAGGAGCGGGGAAGCCGAGGCAGUUCGCGAGUCACCUCGACAAGGCCAAGUGCAUACUGAAGUGCAAGGUGGAUCAAGUGAAGCGCGACCUGUUCAGCGACGAGGAGAGCGACCAGAAGGUGUCCUGCGUGGCGCAGAGGGACAAGAGCACCGAGGAGAAGAGGUCGGAGGGGACGCUGCAGGGUUUCACGAAGGAGCCUCCGAACGCUUCACGAGAGAAUGUUCGGCCGGAGAAUCCCAAGGAGGAGCUGUCGAGCGUCCUGCAGUGUCUGCAACUGGUGCCGGCGCACAAGAACGAGCUGGGUCAGAACGGCAAGCAGCAGCACCAACAGCCGAAUGAAGACGGGAGCAGAGGUACAAGCGAGAUGAAUGACAAUGAGUCGGGCCAAAGGACAGCCGACGUUCACCAUUACAAGGCAGAGUAUCACUUCGUGUACGACGACAGCGCGCCGAUGAGGAAGAGGCGGAGGAGAUACAGCGGGCACGAGUUGCAGAUCGAGAUCAACUACGCCGACCUGUCCGACCCGAAUCCCGUCGAGUGCAUCAAGAUGUUGAAAGCCACCGAAUUCGAGGAGAUAUUCAACCUGCCGCCGAAGAACACGAAGAAGCGAACGUUGGCCAAGAAGGCGCCGUACAAGAGCGAGACGUCCGGCACGAGGACGGAGAACGAAGCGUUCACCUUGAGAGACAACACGAGCAAGUCUCUGGCUGCGUCGGCUCCCACGGACGAGUCGUCGGGAGCGAAAGUGAAGAAGCCACCGAUCAAGACCGCGGCCGGCAGAUCCGACGCCCAGUCCGAGCUGAAGAAGAAACCGAAGCCCGAGAAGACGCAGGAGAAAGUGUCGGAGGUCGCCGCGAAAAACCGCAAGAGAAAGCUGUCGGAAACCAAAGAAACAAAACAGAUCGAAAAGAAGCCAUGCGCGACUGAUCCGCAGACGCUACUCAGCAACGUGGACCUGAAUAAAUUCUUGGCUACAGUGCACGGGCCUGAAUAAGAAGUGCUCUCUAUGGCACCAUCUUAGCUUAGAUUGAACAAUGUUCAUUGUAUAAUGUGUAAAUAUCGUACUUUUACGUGUUACAAAGCUGCGUGUAUUUUCUAUUUUGAUAUAACGAGACAUAGUAUUUUACGUAUUUUAAUGUUAGCAAUUUAGGAAUCACUAGUUACUUGUGCAAAUUUUUAUAUGCUUUUUUAUGAUAUUCUGACUCACUGGUGCGAUCAAUGAUUGACGAACGUGUAUAUACCA